CUGACAGACAGAGAGGAGGGAGAGAGGAAGGAGAGAGCAAAAAAGAGAGGGAGGGAGACAGAGCAAUGCCAUUGGUCGACCGUUAUAACACCAAGCGUGAUAGAAAUAUUUCUCUCGCAGUCCAAGAAAUAGAGAGGCAGAGACAGUAGACUCAGGAAACACAUUCAGGUCUGUUUUCAAAAUCUGUGGAAGAGAAGAAAAAAAAGACAGGAGGGUUCAGAAAGAGAGGAGGGCAGACAGAGGAGCAGAUAAGGAAAAGGAUGGACUAAUUAACUUAUGACCACUGAGGGCUUUGGAGAUUUUUGCUUAAGAACAGGAGAGAUUUCAAAAUCAGAUGCGACUCAACAUGUAGUUGUUCUGCAGGGUCCUGGUCAGAUUCUCCCCUUUUCUUCCCCCCUCCGAAUUUAAUUGUUUUACUCUACAAAGACAGAUGUGAAUGUUUUCUGGAGUAAUCUGGGGGAUGCGUCUGAGGGAGAGAUGCAGAGCAGAGAAUUCUGACAUGGUGCCGACCCAAAUUGACAGAGACGAGGAAAGAGUGGACUGUUCAGUGGCGGCAGACACGUCUCCAGCCAGACACAGGUAUUCUCUACUCGACACUAAGAUCAGUCCGGAUAUCGAUCCAUGCUAAUUGAAACUAUCGUCAAUAUCGUGCUCUGAUCUUGUAUUUUGUGUGAAUGCGUGUUAGUGGCAUUGUAAUGUUAAAUAGUCGUUUGAAUUGGAACCUAACUCCAAUAUUUGGACAUCUCCUUUCAUUGCAAAAUCAACAUUGGCAGCCGGUAAUUUGCUUUGUAAGGAAAACUGUGUGACGCGCAGAGAAAUAUCCACGAUCAGAUUCAUAUGGACGUAAAUCAUUUCUCAAAAAUGUACUAAUACAAUAAGUAAUAUACCAGGAGAGUGUAUUUGUAAACUAUAACUCGCAGCUUAUCUAUAUGUUUGUUUACUUACGUGUUGAAUAUGAUAUGCGUCACUACCAGUGUUCUUGAUUUAGAGCAACAGAUGAACUGAAAGCCAUAAGACAAACUACUGACCUAUUACAAGCCAUAACCAUCUUAGACAAUAAUCCUGUUUGAAACGCAACGCUGUGCUUUCUAAUGACAAGAAUCCUGUGCUUCUGUUGUCAGCGUGUCAGCCGCACACUUACUGUGAGGAACGAAAAGAGUAUGUAGGUUUGUCUAAAGAGAAACCACAGGGAGGAGGAGGAUACAGACAUAUUUUGCCUGUCAGAGACUCAAAAGAAGGGCAUCAGGCCAACAACAGACAUGUAAGUGCUUCCUAAAUCAAAGCGAGAGAGGAGGGGGUCCAUCCUGCUGUUAAGAUACACAAAAGGGGACAAAGACACAGCCUGAGUGGAAGUGAAGCCACAGUCGGCCUGAUUAUUGAUUGUUACUAAAACUGAGUGCUUUGCCUACCUGGACAACACGGACUCGACCUGCGUCAGAGGUGGAAAACAGUCAGUAGCCUCUACUAAAGUAGAGGGAGCAAUAGAUUCAGAGCAGAGAGGAGGAGAGGGGUUUCCCUGUCCUUUCUCUCGACCCUUCCCGUCGUCAGGCUGGCAGGCACAGCCACGGCAUUCACCUUUGCGGCCUUCUGCUACAUGCUCACCUUGGUGCUGUGCGCCUCUCUCAUCUUCUUUGUCAUAUGGCAGAUCAUCGCUUUUGAUGAGCUGCGCACAGACUUCAAAAACCCCAUUGAUCAGAGCAAUCCCACCAGAGCGAGGGAACGGAUUCUCAACAUCGAAAGAAUCUGCAACCUGCUUCGCAGAUUGGUGGUCCCGGAGUACUCCAUCCACGGACUCUUCUGUCUGAUGUUCAUGUGUGCUGGAGAGUGGGUCACACUCGGCCUGAAUAUCCCACUGCUCUUCUACCAUCUGUGGAGGUUUUUUCACCGGCCAGCCGACGGGUCAGAGGUCAUGUACGAUCCGGUCAGUGUGAUGAACGCCGACAUCCUCAACUACUGCCAGAAGGAGUCGUGGUGUAAGAUGGGCUUUUAUCUGCUCUCUUUCUUCUAUUAUCUCUACAGUAUGGUCUAUGCCUUGGUGAGCUUUUAACUCACGGGAGAUCUGGAGAGAGAAAAAAGGGAAAUAUCUGUAAGAAAGACUCAGAAGAAUGAACUGGACACUUCAACUCUUCCUCUCUCCAUACUCCCACCCCUGGCUUGGGUUUCCAACAGUCAAAACAAGGACAAACCAAGACCAACCCGAGUGAUAAUGUGAAUGUAAAGGUGUCGCCUCCACUCGAUUAUGUCGCUUUAUCCCAGAUACUGCUGUCGGUCAGCCAGACGAAGUUUUGGAGGAUGGGAAUGAAACAGAAUGAGGACGCAGAAGGUGUUUGUGUUGCCUUUGACCCAUUAUAAGAUUUUAACAAUAUGAAGGGCUGGAGUUUUUUUUCCCCAUGCUGCUCUUACUGCUACAGUCGCUCAACUCACUGUGAAUCUCCAAACACUUUGGAAAAGGAAAUAAUCCAUGUGCAUUCUGAGAGUUUGAAAAGCAGGAUUGUGUUGGUGUCAUUCCAUGUGUAAAAUAUUUGCUUUGGUUGUGUUACAGGUUAAUAAAACUGUAAGAAACAGGUUGAAUAGGGCAGGAGAACUUUAACACGUUGUAAGAAACGCAGGAGGCCUUGCAGGGAAAUAACGCUUUUUAACCAGGAUGAAAAUAAAGCAUUGGCCAAGACAUCAUUGCCUUGAUGAUAACCUCCACCAAAUGUUGAAUUUCACACUGUAACUAAAGCAUCAAAGAAAUAAUCAUAGGUUUGACUGUAAGAGUCAAUGCUUUGUGGUGUGUAUUUAAAUAAGUUCAAGUCCAUAGCUGUGAGGGCCUAUUAUUCCAGGUUCAUGCUUUCUGAGGAGCUUAAGGCUCAGGCAUAUGACAUCAAAAAAGUUUAUAUCUAAAAAACAUUGUGCCAAAUUUAAACAAGAAGUCAAUUUGUUCAAGUGAAAAGAAAAAUUAUGAGUAUCUGUAUCUACAUGCUGUGUUGUUACUGCCAGGCCAUGACUUUUAUUUUUUCACUCUUAAACACACGUUAGACCUUGGCGCAAUGUUUUUUACUUAAAAAAGUAGAAACUUAGUUCUGUCGUAAUUCUUUUUGUAUGUGUGCAGGGAGCGCCUUAUUCCUAUUUCCUAUUCCUAGUGACGUUUACUCUUAAUCAUCUGCAUCUAUACUAUAGUCAUUUUAGCACAGCAGCUCUUCUCUAAAAAUGAGGUAGAUUAUAGAAAAUAUCAUGUACAAAAAGCAAUUUAAAAACAGCAAACUAGCAAUGUAAUAGGAUUCAUGAGACAUGUCGAUGCAGUUUUAUUCAGUGUGUGUAAUGAUAGUGUGUGGGACGCAAGUGACACAUGAGACAACAGUGACUCUAUGACAGCGUCUCAGUUAUUUAAGAAGUGUAAAGACAGCGAAGUCGCUUCAAAACAUCUACAAUCAUAUAAUCAAGGUUUUAAGGGACGUUUUAAGGUUUUGCUGAUGACUGAGAUUUGUAAACAGCGAAGCCUUUUCUCAGCUGGUGCCACCUUCGCUAUCAUGUGUGCAUACUUUAGGAGCAUAAACUGUGGGACUCACUUCCGCAAAGAAAUGUGUUGAAUACUGCAGCCUGUUGAAGUAAUUGAUUAUGUCAAAAAUUCACACCCUAACAUCUGUUCUUUCUGAUUUUUCAUUCAAAAUAUCAUAAAAUCAUUGGGCACUGUAGUUUGAAGCAAAUUUUACUAGGUAAAUGAGUAAAUAGUGGAUUUCUUGGGAACUAUACUCAGCAGCGUAGUGAUACGUAUUUCCAACAGCAGGACAGUGAAUGUUGGAUCAAAAAAAUACAGUGCCCUGGUUCAUCGUAAUGAAUGAACACGAUAGCCAGUUCAAUACUAUGCGCUCUUUAAGCUUUUAAUACUUGGCUUUUACAAUAGAAGAGAUAGGAAUAAAUCAUCGCUGGUUUUGGUCUUCUUGUGGAAUGUGUUGACAAUUUAAAAAAUGUGGAACAUCAACAGACUUGUCCUCUAAAUAUGUUAACUGUGAUGCACAUGACACUAGAAUGGCACUCAGUGGAGCGCAGACCUCCGCCAAGGCCCACAGAGGAAACUCUUCCCACAGAUCUGGAUAUUAUGGAUGCCAAUUUCUUCCAGAUAUAUCCUCAUUAUCUCAGCUACACAUUGGUAGUAGUUUGUAUUUUGUACAAAACAGCGGCUGAGAAUAGAUUCCCCCCCAAUAAAAACAUAUAUAUAUAUAUAUAUAUAUAUCACUUUAAUCUGGUAAUCUGGAUUUUUGUUCUGAUCUGCACCAAGUGGUAAACAGUCAUAGAUAUUCACCUCCUAAAUAUGCCUGAUUAAAAAAUAAAAUCAUAGCCCUUGCAUUAUUCCCUGAGAAAAUGGCAAAAUAAAGAUCACGUUGUUAACAAGAAUGGCACUUAGUAGAGCGCAUACCUCCACCAAGACCCAACCCAUAAAUUGAAUUAAGCCAUCAACAUCUCGCAAUGACAAAGAAACCCUGAAUUCCUGGAUGGCGUCUUCAUUGACUCAGCACAUCCUUCCACCAAGUACCAUGUUAAUCCAUCCAGUGUUUUUUGUGACAAACAACCAAACAAACCAAUCGACUGGGGAGAAAAAAUAACCUCCUUAGCUCGACAAAAUUACCUAAAUCCAUCUGUAUUGACUAAUUGUUAAGUUAGCUUUCAUUUGCUUUGCAUUUCAGACAUUUUCUUGACAUUUACUGAAUUAAAAUGUAAUGUUAUAGUUUCCCUGUGGAGCAUUUUCAAUAUUGAGCAUUGUCAUAUUUAAACCUUAAAUCCCAGUUGUCAGCGUCGGAGUCUCUCGGCUGAAGCGACUUCAAUAGUUCGACAGUGCUCACGAAGACAGAGUAGACAGUAUGUGUUGUGCCAAAUGAUGUUCCCAUGAAAUUAAUCACAGGACACUGAGACCUCAAAACUCUGCCAACAGUGUGAGCGUGUUGAGUCUGGACAAUCACUAUAAAAGCACAGGAACAUGAGGGAAGGGGGAGACACGCAGCUCGGUUGAAUGUCAUUACGUACUUGCUCUAAACAAAGCAUUUUAGACAAUUGUAUUUAAGUAUAUCUAUUUGUAUCUGUCUUUUAUACAUUUAUCAUUAAUGUACGCUACAGUCAAUUUGGUGGAUUACUUUAUAUUUAUUAGGU